GCAACUAAUUAUGGUCACGUGAUCAGUGUGACCGGCUGGAGCACGUGACCGAACUCGGUCGCCACCGCUGUCUCAUUCCUCUGAGGAUUUUUUUUUUCCCUCAGCGCGGGGAAACGCAGACACCUGGACUCGGUGUCAAGUUCCGCUAUGGCACUCGAGCUAACAGAAAACCAGAAAGGGGAACUUAAUCGCACCGAAAAGAUGGGAAUUAGUCACUUUUAAGGCUCGCUGGUGAAGAAGAGAUCACCGAGCAGCGGCUGAAAAGCCGAACUGAAAAGCUUUCGUUUGUUUCUCAACUAGUUUCUUUUUAAAUAGCAAAACACACGUUUUCGCCAUUUUAAAAGUGGACUUGUGUUACGAAUACUGUUUAUACGUCGUGGGUUCUCUUCAUGGAAAAAGGUAACCCGUUGUUAAACAGCUUUUUUAGCGUGAGAACUCCGGUUUUGUUUCGAAGGAACCGCGCUUGAGAGCGUCCGGUUUUUUUUCCGGCUGGAUUUACCGGAUCUUAACGGAAUCACGGUGGAGAACUUUGGGCUACACGGACUUGUGGAGACACACAAACACACAUAAAGGAGUCGACUUCAUACCGUUUCUGUCUACUGAGGCGAAUAUAGCAACAACAACAAAACAAAAACACCUCAGAACAAACAUUUUCGAUUUUCGCUCACAGGAAAAUGAGCCGGCAUUUUGUUCGGCUAACACGCUUUACACAGACUAGCUAACCUUCACCGUGUACGAACCGCUUAGUUGUUGUUGUUGGCUUUUUUUUUAUUAGCUAAUUAUUUCUGUCUCCUCAGCUGUGCCUCAGGGGUGGCGAGGCUACUCUGGGAGCUGCUAGCGGUGUCAAAUCUGUGCUUGUGCUACCGCAUAGCCGCGCGCGGGCACGGAAACGCGCGUGGUGCGCGGCGCGUGAGCAUUCACCUCAGGAAGACGCGCUGUGAAGAGAGGCGCGCGCCGUCAGGAGCCGGAUACCUGUUAACUUUUCUGUCUGCGUGCGAGUGUGUGUGUGUGUAUGAGUGAGUGAGCGAGCGUGUGUGUGUGAGAGAGAGAGUGUGUGGCUUGUCGCCGCGGGAAGAGCUUCGUGGUCACUGUUCGGCAUUCCGUAAUGGACGCGAAAGCCUUCGGUCAAGUUUUUCACCGUCCUGUUCUUGCGGUAUCUUGCACAGGCUCGGCUACUGGACUGUAACCGAGUCACAACCGGAAUAUUUCGGAGGCGAACAGCGUUCAUUUAUUGCCAGCCGGAUUUAUACAGGACAACUACGAUGUCAUUUGCACGGGUCUGCUUGGGAGCUCUGCUGCUGUGGACGAUUAUUUCUGAUGUUGCAGGUAAAGUUUCCCCCACCAGCUAUGAUGCCCUGCUCAAUGUCCCUGCUGCUACUGCCACCUCCAGCCCCCCAGACCUCUACCUUCCUGCCAGCUUCAAGCUCUUCAACACUCAACUGGCCUUCUUUCUUCAAGAGAGCCGAACUCCAGCCCGAAAUGUCCCUGGUGGCCACCCCUUGCAUCGUUCUGAGAGCUUUGUGGUCUUUCAGACCAGGGAGUUACCCUCAGUCAACAUCUCUUUGGGUCCUUUCACCCAGGACCAGACUCUUUCCAAAGAUCUUUUACAGCCAUCAAGUCCCCUGGAUAUCCCGGGUAGGCUGACAGUCAACUGGAAGGUACGAGCCUUUAUCGUACAGUCAAAGGUCUUCGCAAGCAAUCCAGUGGUCCAGGUGCUGUUUUACAUUGCAGGCCGAGACUGGGACGAUUUUAAGGUCCAGGACAAGCUGCCUUGUGUGAGGUUACAUGCCUUCCGGGAUGUUCGUGAGAUCAAGACUUCUUGCAGGCUCCAGGGUAACUUGGCACAGUGCUUGGCCCAGCUGGACCUUCCUUCUACCUGGUUCAAUGUCAACGUGGCGCCUUUGGGCCGCAGGAAGCCCUCAGUUGCAGACGUUCUGGAGAUGACUGGGGAAACCCUCCAGGCGGAGCUCUACUACACCCUCCAUGAUCCAGACAGUAAUGGGGAGUGCGGUGAAAGUUACCCCAGACGAGGAGGAGGGUCCAGGGGGGAGAGCACAUCCCAGCAGCCACUACUUCGGAUUGGGAGCAUCAGCCUGUACCAGGCCAGUCAGGAACAACUUGUAGUGGACAAGCAACUGGACAAGAAUCUCUUCUUGAGACUACCUGACAAACCGUUAAAGCCUGGCGAGACACUCAACAUCUACCUGUAUUUGGUGCCAAACUCAACAGUGGAACAGUUCACUCUCAAGGUGAAAGCGAAGAAGGGGGUGAAUCUCCUGAGCACGAAGUCGAAGAGCAGCCAGUGGAAGGUGGAUUGGGAGGUGCAGUCUGGAGCCAAGCACUCCAUCGCCACCGUGGAAGUCAGCAAGAUGAAAGGCGUUUCUGGUGAUGUGGCUGCCAACCUCGAAAUCAUGCAGCUGGAUUUUGAAAUGGAGAACUUCACAAGCCAGUCGGUGACGAGGAGAAUCAACUGGAACAUCGAUUACCGCGGCCAGAAUCCGCCUCCAGACUCCGACAAGGUGGUGACCGAGCUGACGGUGGUGCAGAAGGAUAUUCAGGCCAUCAUACCGCUGUCUAUGGACACAGAGAUCAUCAACACAGCCGUGCUGACUGGCCGGACCGUCGCCAUCCCAGUCAAAGUUGUCUCCAUAGAACUGAGUGGGAUGGUCACCGACAUCUCCUCAUUCGUGGAGUGCAAGUCAUCCAACGAGGACAUCGUCAAGGUGUCCAUGAACUGUGAUUAUGUGUACGUGAAUGGUAAGGAGACACGAGGUUCCAUGAAUGCACGUGUGAUCUUCAGUUAUGAGCACCUGAGCGCCCCUCUGGAGCUCACUGUGUGGGUGCCCAAGCUGCCUCUAAACCUCCAGCUCUCUGAUAACAGCCUUAGCUUUAUCAAAGGAUGGAGGGUCCCAAUCCUGCCUGACCGCAGGUCGGCUCGUGACAGUGAUGAUGACGAUGAGGAUGAGAGGAAGGUGAGCCGUGGCUGCACACUACAGUACCAACGAGCCCAGGUGAAGGUUCUCACCCAGUUCCACACUACCUCCAGUGAGGGCACCAACCAGGUGAUCACCAUGCUGGGGCCUGACUGGCAGGUGGAUGUCACUGACCUGGUGCAGGACUCGCUCAAAGUUGUGGAUCCCCGUGUGGCCGAGUUAGUGGAUCACACCGUGUUGGUGGCCCUGGAGCAGGGAUCUACCAUACUGAAGGUUGAAUCCCCACUGGCAGUGGAGGCCGUGUUGGGAGAGGCACCAUUCUCUGUACUGGAUGAUAAAGUUUCCAUAAUGGAUCUGCAUGUGCACGCCAUUUCUGGACUAAGCCUGAGUCUCCAGCCCAGUCCAGGAAACAGUCACACCAUGGUGGCAAAGGCAACAGGGCUACAGACGCUCUCCGCUCUUAAACAGGAAGCCAGCCUUUCCAUUUGGGCUUACUUCAGUGACAACACAGCCGCCCCUCUAAGCAUAUAUGACCCCAAGGAUUACAACCUUAACGCCUCCACACUGGAUGACAAGGUGGCCUCCGUUUCCCAGGAGCCUCAGCAAAGGUGGCCGGUCAUCGUUGCAGAGGGGGAGGGAUCUGGGGAGCUUGUACGUGUGGAAAUGACCAUAUGCGAAGCGUGCCAGAAGACUAAACGAAAGAGUGUUAUUGCUUCCUCUCCAGUUCAUGUGAAAGUGCGUUUUGGGCCCGACGAGGACUCUGAAGAGGAAGAGGGAGAGGCGGAGUUGGAGGCUAAAGUGCCAAUCAACACAAGGAGACCAAUGCUCGAUCCUAACAUGGGUGGUACUGGAUACGAGCCAUCCAAUGAGCAGCCUGCAAGUGUGCCAAUUGACUAUACCAACUUCCCCACUAUCAGUAACCAGGAUCGGCCAACUGUGGAGGAAGGGGGUGAAGAAGACGAGUUUACCCACUCACCUCGCAGCAUGACCGACUUGGAGAUUGGCAUGUAUGCCCUUUUGGGUGUUUUCUGCCUGGCCAUUCUGGUCUUCUUGAUCAACUGCAUUGUGUUUGUUCUCAAGUACCGCCACAAGCGAAUCCCACCCGAAGGUCAAGCCAACAUGGACCACUCCCAUCACUGGGUGUUCCUAGGAAACGGGCAGCCCUUACAAGCUCAGAGCGACCUUUCACCCCAGACAGCAGAAAGUCCAAGUAAUCCUUUGGAAGGGCCACAGACUUGCUGCCAUGGAGAUCACCACAGCAGUGGCAGCUCCCAGACAAGUGUGCAAAGCCAAGUGCACGGGCGAGGAGAUGGCAGCUCGGGCGGCUCCACCAAGGAGCAUGGCGAAGAUGCAAGUUCUCCCACGUCCAAGCGUAAACGAGUCAAAUUCACCACCUUCACCACACUUCCUGCUGACGAGCUGCCCUACAACUCGAUCCCCAUUGCCGACGAUGAUGAUAUCCAGUGGGUGUGUCAGGACAUGGGGUUCCAGGACCCUGAAGAACUGCACGACUACAUGCGCAGGAUAAAAGAAAUAGCCUAAUGGUGGCUUUGGGAUUUCUUAAACAAACCUUUCCUUUCUAAUCUUCUCUUUUUUCCCCUCACUCUUAAGAACUUAUCUUUUCACACGAAUGGAGAAUGUGACUAAGGACCUCCUGUCCUGUUUCUCCGGGAUGAUAUUUUGCACAGUGCUCUUGCUCUUUUAAACGUUCACACGUUUUUGGAACUGUUGCUUAAAACAAUGGAUGGAAAGCCAAAUAAGAGACUAGUUGAUCUUUUAAUCGCUAGCACAAAUGGCUUUAGAGUGUAUGUCAUCCUUUCUCAGGCGAAGAGGACAUACAAUCUUAAAGGGAACACACAGAGUUUUGAGUUCCGAGCAGUGGUGUCGAAAUGGAUUCCUCAAGUGCUCCAUCACUCCGGUUGGGAGAAGGUAUGGGUCACCCUGCUGUGGACAGGAUAUUUCUCAGAGGAAUGCCACACUGUGUCUGUAGGUUUUUUUUUUUUUUGGUUCUCUUUUUCAAACAUCCGAGUAUUCUUCUCCAGCAAAAGAGGCCUUUGUAGUGCAGAUUUCCAUUUUACUCAGAGAAAGGUGUUUGAGAGGGGUCGUCCUCACGCAAUCUAACAUUCAGUAAAUAUCAAAGACAAUACAGCAUUUUGGCUAGUAUUUGACAAAUAUUGUUCCCAUUUUUCAACAUCAUCUUUGUGCCACGUUUUUUUUUUUUAUUAUUAUUAUGUUUCAUGUGUGUAGCAUUUUCUAUAUCAUACUACAUCCAUUUGGCAUGACAUCUCUGGUUCACUCAUUUUCCUGGUAAAGUCAGAUGCCUUAUUAAAUCAAUUUUAAUCAUCACAACCUUUGUGUUGACACCAUGUUUGUUUACAUCCCAAAGGGUCAACAUGAAAUGGGUAACUACCCAGACUACUGUGUGUAAUUGAAAUUGAUAUUAGCGGAGGCAAAGGGAGCCGCUUUGUAUGUUAUGACAUUAAAAUAUCUUCAUAUCUCCAGCAUUCGUAUGCAUGAAAGGAGAGUUUGAGACACAGCCAGCUAUUAUUUUCCCCCCCAGAUUUGUAAAUGUGUGUCUUGUGAUAAUUAUCUAAUCAUACAUACCUAAAGAACAGUAGAGGACAUAUAAUGUUGUGACAUGCUUUACAUGCAUGCAGUUCCAGAAACUUUGCCAAUUGUGUACAUACCAUAUUAUUGUCUACUGACUCUGAUCGUUAAUUCAUUUUCAUGUUUCAGUUCUCCUCGAGAGAGGAUUGAUACAGAGGUGCUGACGUCUACUGUUUAGCCUUAGCAUUUAUUUAAAAUUUGCCUGGUGGAAAAGCAAAUUCACUGAAGGGGAAAGGAAGCAGGACGUGAAAGAGGCGCAUUUGCUUCUGGUAGUGCUUCACGCUAACUUUAUUUACGUGAACUUUAACCUGUGUGUUCACAAGCCUCGGUUUUGUGAGCCAUUAAAAAAAACACGAGGGUGGGGUUGUGGGCACUGUUUACAAGGAGCCAUCUCAUAUGCCAACAUAUGCUAAAGUUUUUGUGAUAAACUUUUUUCCUCUCUUCUCUCGGCUUGUAUUUUCAGUAUUUUCCUUUUAGCAAUGUUGGCACCUCUGUAGCUGUCAGAAUUGUCAGUCAUUUCAAUCUCAUCUCUUUUUUAUUUUUUUUUAACCAUUAUGUCAUUCUUUUCCCAAGCAAACGUGAAAAGGAAUGCUAAUUAAAACAGAAGAAAGCUACUUGAGCACAUGCAGGAUGCGUGAAUCUGUGCUGUAGAUAUAUAAAAUUGUUAUGCUAAUUGUGAUCACUAAUUUGUUUGAGAAAUUGUUUAUACAUUUUAUUUAUACCAGUUGUUUGUUCAUAUUGAUUAUUUUUUAAUUAUUAAAAUAAGACUGGAAGUAAUGCAUUAUUAUGUUUGCCUUUUUUUACACUAGUAAAUGCCAUUUGCUGGUAAAAACACAAAAGUACACCUUGUUUUAUGCAAGGUUUGUCUUAUUUUAUUUCUGUAGUUAUUUACAUAUUUGCAACUUUAUUGAUACACUGAUUAUAAAGAUACAGUAGUUUUUUUAUAGCGCACAUUAAAGUCAGUGUAUGCACUGAAACUGCUAUUUACUAGUGUAGAAAUGUUUUUGUUCGAGUUUAAUAAGUUGGGGAAUGACUGUUCUAGGGAUUAUGAUUUGGGAACCUUCCCCUCAGGUUCAGACAUUCAUUCAAAAACACAUUCAUUUCUCCAUUGUGUGUAACUUGUGUCUUGCUCACAUACACCCAUUAAUAAUUGUAACAUGACUAAAUGUAUGUGUCAUUUUGUUUAUUUGUUGGAUUUAUCCUGGUUAAACAGUGACCUUUCGCACUCAAGCUCAGAAUCACAGAGGACCGAAUACUGACCCCUGCAGAACCUCCUAAACUACAUUUACAGCAACCCCAGUCUUUUUAAUUCAAGGUUUCUAUUAAAAUUGUGUACUUGAGCUCAUGGAAUUUAAGUUAUGGAAAUGAAACAGGAAACAGGUCAACCUGUAUAUUUUUCUUUAUAUUUUUCCAAAUAACUCAUGUCCUUCAAAUCCAAGGUUUUACCUGUUAAAUUGAGCCUGGGACUUGAAUUUGGUUUCCGACCCAAACAGUUCACACGUACAGCAACGGUGGCUCAGGAUGAAUGUAAAAUCAAAACGGAGUAACAUGUCCAGUGUGUUAAGGUCAAACAAUAGGGCGCUAAUGCUUAAUGAAAGUACUGGCAAGUUUCUAGUAGCAGCUCUCACACACUUUUUUCUUGGUUUUUGUUUAAUAAUUUCAAUGUCAUGAGAAAAUGUUACCAACAUCUUGCAUUUCAGAUUGUUUCCUUCAUGUAUACAGAUGUGCAAAUAGUUUGCCGUUUUGAAACCAGUGUCUGUUUUUAAAGGAGGUGCUACUAGGUGUUUGCCAUGACCUCAUCAUCUGAUGUGGACUUGUACGUUAAGCUGGACUCUGUGGGAACCUGCUACAGCACGGAAAUGGCAGUACUGUGCUGCCUCACUCUUAAUGUACAGAGCACUGUUACAACUUCCUGUAUUUUCCUGGAUUAAAAAAAAAAUCAAUCCCCCUUGUAUUCCCCACUUAUAUGUAAGUACUUACGAAAAUACAAUACAGAAACCUU